AUGGGAUUUCGUGGGCGUUCAAAUUAUGCACAAAUGAAUCGUAUGAAUCGAGGUGGACCAUCACGCUUUCUGUAUGGUAGAAUCAUGAAAAAUAGAAAUUUUUUCCGAAACAGAUCUUUUGAGUUCAGGAAAUUGCCCGAAAACGUCAAAUGUAAAGAAUUUGAAGUAUCACCGGAUAAUAUUUUGUGCUUUUCUGGUUUUCAGAAUGUCUUUACUGCCCAACAUGAUUUUCAACUCGAAAUUGAUGGACGUGUUUAUGAUAAUGUAAAUCAUUUCUAUCAGCUAGCAAAGACUGAAGCAUUAUGUGGCGUAACUUCGUUAUUAAUGGUUGAAGGAUCGGAAGGAGAUGGAAGAGGAAGAGCGAAAGAUUAUAAUACGCUUGCAAAAAAUAUUCUCCGAAUAAAUAAGAUUUCAAGAAGUGCUGCUGAAGAAUGGAGGAGAGGUGCAGGAUUAGAAGCUAUGCAAAGAGCAUUGUUAGCAAAGGUUGAACAAUGCGAAGAAUUGCGACAAGCACUGCUCGAUUCGGAUCAAAAGCUACUGGUUCACUGUUUCGGUGGAGAUGAUUUCUAUGCUAGCGCUUGUAAUAAUAAAUAUUUAUUAGAUUGGGCGCGUAGUAUGAGCACAAACAAGGGUAUUAUCAAGAUCCCACUCGAAUUUCCAUUAACAUCUGAAAUGGUGUUGUCAGUUCCUAAAUUUGGUCUUGGACGAAAUGUUCUUGGCGUUAUAUAUAUGCAGUUGCGAGAAAUGUUACGUAAUGGAGUGCUUCCAUUUAAAGGACCAACAUGCAAAGUAAGUCAUUUAUCUCAUUUCAAAUUUUCCAAUGGAUUAGGGACAAUUCAUUAUGCGACUAUAAUUAUUAUGAACUAA